AAUGUGCGUCUGAAUAACAGCACAGACAGACGCUUUCAAUCGCUGAUCUGGAACCAAAGAGUAAAGACUUGAACUAGAUGAAGUAGUAUUUAUAUCCAUCGUGUCAGAUGAAUACUACUCUCCCUCGCUGUCAGUGCAGCUCAGAACGCAUGCGCGUUAUUCUUUUGAUUUCUUAAUAUUUAAUAUCAAUGGCUGACGUUGAUUUCUGAAGCAUCUCCUUAAAUUACGAAGAAAGCUUUGACACGUUAUCUGAACUUCGAUGUGAACGUCAGUCUCUUGUGUUUUAUUCGACGAGCUUCGAUCAUUAUCGGUCAGAAUUCAUCCGUAGCUCAAAGAUGGGACAAAAAUGUCAGGUUUAACCCUUUCCUCUCCAGCGUCACACUAACGCGAGCAGAAGAUGAUGCGUCAGGGGCCCGGGGCCAGCAGUGAUUUCUGUGUGGACAGCCGGCCGUCGUGUUUAGCCGAGGAUGGGAGACUCUCGCCGAGCCACUUUGAUUUGUGCCCCACCAAGUUCUAUCAGUCUUCUCCUCCUCAGCGGCCUCGGCAGAUGUGCUUCACUUACCUGCCUCCUCCAGCCGUCCUCAAACCCACGCCGUGCCGCGAGGAGCCACCGCUGUCCCCGGGGCCCGCCGCCACUCAGACCAAAGACAAGAGCAGCAGCUCCAAGAAGAAGACUGCGUCCGGGAGGUCUGGGAAGCGCGGGCGUCCACCGGGCACCACCAAAUCAGCCGGAUACAGAACCAGCACAGGCAGACCUCUGGGCACCACCAGGGCCGCCGGCUUCAAGACCAGUCCUGGACGGCCCCUGGGCACCACCAGAGCUGCUGGGUAUAAAGUGAGUCCCGGUCGCCCGCCGGGGAGCAUAAAGAGCCAGUCACGCCCGAGCAAACUGAGCUACAGCGCCUGCAGCGGAGCCGCGUUUCCCUACAGCAUCAUACACAAACCUGGAGCCGGUGACGCCGCGCUGAAGGAGGAGACCACCACAGAAAUGCCAAAAAUGCUGUUCCAGGCUCCGCCGUUCCUCCUCAGCGGCUUCCCCGUACGAAACCAAAAAAACCCUCCGCCGAUCAGCGUCAUGCCAUCGGAGGCCUUUCCCCCGGCGGCAGCGUGUCCAGACGGCGGUCAGUCGAGAAACACUCUGCCGGUACCCAUCCACAGCGCUCUGCCAUCAUACUCCUGAACUCGUCUGUCUCACACACACACACACACUCACAGGUCACUGGACUCUUGACCGCAGCAGACCGUCUGGCCGUUUCUCUCUCCGCUGAAGCUGUAAAUAUGUCUCUGGUGCUCUGUGGUCACUCUGAAUGUCCACUGCAUGUCAUGUUGGGUUGUUCGUGGGCUCGUUUCUUAAGCUUGAUUUGCGUAGUGACACAAUAACGUUUCAUUUUCAUAGUUUCACUGAAGUGUGUUACUCCUUUCCAACACUCCACCAAAGAACUCCAGCAGCUCUCUAUAGCGUGUGCAUGGACACAUACACACAUACACACACACACAUGCGCUGUAAUCACACACAUCAAUCACCACACGUCUUGUAAUAGUUCCUUUUGUAUUGUAUUGAUUCUUCUGACUCUGAUGAGUAUUGUUGGUGUGGGAAUGCUGUCAGCAUCUUGUGAACAAGUGAUGUAGAAAUCUUCUCAUGGUUUAAUAUCACGAUGAUUGAGGUGAGUAGUUCGUAGCCUGUUUGUAGCAAUGUGUGGCAUUAAGAGCAGGUUUAUGUUCAAUAUCUGUUACAUUCAUAUAAUCAGUGACGUGGGCUUUUAUCUUUUCCUUGUUUAUUUACUUUGUAAUACAGUUACAAUAAGAAGAAAUACAUGUUUGUGGAUGUUUUAUUAAAAUGUAACUAAAUCAA